AUGUUUCAUCUGCAUGUCUCAGAAGGCUCAAUAGAUCUCUUGAUCUGCCCCAAGGGAGAUUGCCGUAUUCCGAUAGCUCCUUAUGUUGUGAAAGAUAUCACGAACCAGGAGCUCUACAAUCGAUUUCAGACCAUGUUUCAUAAGAAGUCUCUCGAGAAGAUAACAGGACUGCGAUUUUGUCCUCGUUGUGCAAGUUUGGAUCAGAUAGAGGCUCAUUCAGCGGGAACCGAGGAGGGUGCCUUCGAGCCUGUUCCGUGCGUGCCAGAGACAGCAGGAGAUUUCAACCUCUACAUAUGUCCCAAGUGCAGCUUCACGUUCUGCGGGAAAUGCUUCAGGGCGUAUCAUCCAGGAGUUUCCUGCGAGUCCCGAGAGUUCCAGCAAGUGCUUGACCUCAGCAACCCAAGGCUGCAGCAGUCCAUGCAAGAGCGACUAGCCACUCAGAGGCUAAUCCAGCAAAGCACCGGAGCGCGAGCAGACGCGAGGGCGCAAGCCGUUGGAUUCUACCGGAACCGCCUCGGCCGAGCGAUGGUCAACGAUCCGAGGGCGGUUCCUUGUCCAAACUGUCGGGAGCAAAUCAUGAAGCGAGGAACCAACAAUCACAUCACCUGCAACAACUGCUCAAUCCAAUUCUGCUUUCUCUGCCGUGUGCGACUGAAGAAGAUGGCGGGACACUUCAACCCAAGUCAUCCCCAGCACAGUGACGUGCAAGACACAUGA